AUGUCGUUCAUAAAGCCAUGGCCUCUACGGCCAUUGAAGCUAUUUCUAGCUGCCAUUGCGCUUUUCCCAAAUGUGGCUCAAGCAAGCCCGUCGGUCAACGUGGCCUUGAGCGCAUCAUUCAAUUCAGCUCCAUAUCUGAUGGAACUCUUGGAAACAGCAGCUGAAGAGAAUGCGACGUCCUACUUCCCCCUCCUCGACCGCAUCGCCGACGGUAGAUUCGCGGAUGCCACCACGGAGAAAGACCUAUACGAACAAUUCGUCCAGGUGCUUAGCGAUGAAGGACAUAUUACGAACGCAGCUACUUUGUCGUCAUUCAAGUUUGCCCUCUCGAUUCGAUCUACCGCGCCCCGAAUCCAGGCUCAUUACCAGUACUAUAAUACCUCCGUUGAGAAUUCAUUGAUGGCGGCACAGGACGCGGUGUGUCAGGUCUGGGCUCACUACGAUGGAGCCCAAUAUUGUUCGCCUACUUUAGAGCAUGCUCAGCAGCCUUUAAUUGCUGGAAGGGACGAGUCACUUGAGAAAAUGCUUCCUUUUGAUCGUAUACUUGCUGUUCCAAACGGUGACGACGAUGAAAGCCAGCAAUCAUUAGUUUUAUACGCGGAUAUUACUUCACCUCUUUUCAGCGAAUUCCACAAGGCAGUCAGCAAGAGAGCCAGAGAUGGCGAGAUCUCUUAUAGGGUUCGUUAUCGACCUUCAACAGCUACGACUGGACCGGCAAAACCGCUUUACGUUAGUGGAUAUGGUGUUGAGCUUUCUCUAAAGCGUACCGAUUAUAUUAUGAUCGAUGACCGCAGUGAAGAAAAAGGAGACCAUAAAGACACAGUGACAGACACGAAACCGACGUUGGCUGUCAAUGGUCUAGCAGAAAGCUCGACUGCAGACCUGGAACCUCUCUCUUCAUCCGAAGUGUCAAGCCUGGGAUUAAAUGCAGCUAGCUUUGUUAUGAAUAGUGAUGAUCCAUUCGACACCCUGACAAAACUAUCGGAUGAUUUCCCUAGACACUCAAAGACAACCGCCAGCUUCAAUGCUACCCCUGAAUUUCUCGCUGAGUAUAGAGAAAACAGGGAGGAAGGGUUGCAGCCCGGUAUAAACACUAUGUGGAUCAAUGGAGUGCAGAUGGCACCUCGGAAUGUUGAUGCUUUUUCACUUCUCGCCCAUUUAAGACAAGAACGGAAACUCUUGAACUCUCUUAAUGAGCUUGGUUUGCCUGCACAAGACGCAGUUAAGCUUCUAUCUAAUUCCGCCAUUUCAAAAGCUCAGACUGUGCAAGGAAUCCAGCGAUAUGACUAUCGAGACGAUAUUGAGGGAGGAAAUGUCAUUAUCUGGCUGAAUGAUCUGGAGAAGGAUCCUCGCUAUGAAGAUUGGUCAAACGAGAUCACUACUCUCUUGCAACCGAUGUAUCCUGGCCAGUUCCAUGAGCUCCGCCGUGACGUCCACAACGUCAUUAUACCAUUAGACUUGGCCGAUAAAGCAGAUAUCACGAUGUUUGUUGAGGAAAUGCAAGCGUUUGUCCUGAAUAAGGUACCUAUUAGAUUUGGACUGGUUCCCAUGCACAUCAGCGAACUUUCGGGGGAUCAAGCGAAAAUUGCGUAUUAUUUGCAAGAUGCUUAUGGGCUGGAAUCGCUUUUCAGCUAUUUUACAGAGAUAUACUCGACACAAAAUUUCAAGGUUCCAAGUAAAACUAGCUUUGAGGCCGCUGUCAAAGACAGAGAACUAAAGGAGGAUCGAUCUGCUACCUCAUUGGAAGACGUUUUGAAGUCGCCUGAGCUCGAUGCUGCCGUUUUGAAAUCAAAACAGUACCUUAAACGACUAGCUGCAGAUGGAGAGAAUCCCCCCAUCUUUGCAAACGCCGCACCUCUUGAACGGGGUGAAAAUUGGAUGCAUUUCCUGAUCGACAGACUUUUCAAGGAUGUGCAGGGUAUGCAACGACGUAUCUACGAGGGUGUCUACAAGGACGAUGUGUGGCUUCCUAAUUUUUACUUGGAGGACGCAUCGCCAAAGUGCAACCCGUUAAUUGUCCCCGAGGAUGCGAGCGACGUGACUGUGAAAAAUAUAAACGACGCUUAUAUUAAACAUAAGGACGCGUUUGAAUUAAUCCCCCGGAUACCUGGGAAGAGUGACUCCUCUAUUGAUAAAUGGGCGCAACUCGCUCUUGCAAUCGAUCUAGAUGAUGAACACAGUGCGAAACAAUUGGCUAACGCGGUCGAAUUUUACAAAGCGAACCCUGAAGUUGAAAUUCUUCUAUUGCAUAACCCUGUUUCGCCAGCUGAACAAGGCAGCAAUGGACUUUCUGCCAAGAUCCAUAGCCUCCUUGGUGGUGGACGCGAGAUUAAUGUCGAUGCUCUGAUUGCUUUACUCAAGAAAGAAACAAGAGACGAGAGUCAACGGGACCCAGACACCUCGUCUAGCAUUGAAAGCUAUUACUCAUCCAUUCAACCAUUGCUUUCAGAGCUAGGGGUCACAGGAGGUAGCAUACAUGUUUUCCUGAACGGAAGGCUGAUAGGACCACUCAAUCAAACAACAAUCCUAGAUGGUCAAGAUCUGGAGUUAGCACUGCAGUAUGAACGCUCUAAGCGUAUUACUCCUGUGGUGAAGGCUCUCGAGGCACUCCAAGCGACUGAUAAAAUUCGUGACCACUCGGCCUUCGCAAGACUGACGUCCCUCGUGGCGCUUUCAACGGUUUCGGAUAUCCCACAAGGAACAUUUCAAUCUGGCCCCAUGGUUCGUACUGAUAUUUUCACCAGAUGGGCAAGCGAGAACUCUGCUAUUACUAUAUCAAACACGGAAAAGCCAUUGAUUCAAAUUGUUGCGACCGUGGAUCCGGCAACAGAGGUUGCUCAGCGGUGGAUUCCUAUCUUGAAGGUUUUGUCCAACCUCAGCGGCGUUUCUUUGAAGUUAUUCUUAACUCCUCUGGAGAGCAUAAAGGAGCUGCCAGUAAAAAGGUUUUAUAGACACGUUCUUGAGGCCGCGCCAUCUUUCCACGAUGAUGGUUCACUAAGACAACCAGGUGCAUCCUUCCGUGGAAUCCCAGUGGAAGCAUUGUUGAAUCUCGGAAUGGAUGUUCCCCCAUCUUGGCUCGUGGCCCCCAAGGACUCGGUUCAUGAUUUGGAUAACAUAAAACUCAGCUCUUUAAAGGAAGGUACCAAUGUUGAUGCUAUCUAUGAUCUUGAGCAUAUCCUGAUUGAAGGCCAUUCUCGGGAUCUGUCGAAUAAGAAACCUCCAAGGGGAGUCCAGCUUCUAUUGGGGACUGAGAAAGACCCCCAUUUCACUGAUACCAUCGUCAUGGCCAAUCUCGGGUACUUCCAGUUUAAGGCACAGCCUGGCCAUUGGCAAAUAACGUUGAAACCAGGCAGGAGCGAAAAUAUAUUCAAUCUUGACAGUGUUGGUGGUAUGGGAUACACUCCAACGCCAGGAGACGAGAACAACGAGGUUUCUCUACUCUCGUUCCAAGGAAAGACACUGUUCCCUCGUUUGUCUCGCAAGCCAGGCCACGAGUCGGAUGACGUUCUUGAAGAUGGAGUUAAAAAACCAGGUUCAGCAACUAAUUUCCUCUCCCAAGGGUUGAAUUAUGCGUCCGAGAUGUUCUCCGGUGUAGCUAGGACGAAGAAGGAGAAGCAUGCUGAUAUUAAUAUCUUCUCUGUCGCGAGUGGCCACUUGUAUGAGCGAAUGCUGAACAUCAUGAUGCUGUCCGUCACCAAGCACACAAAACAUUCAGUCAAGUUCUGGUUUAUCGAGCAGUUCCUAUCACCCUCGUUCAAGGCAUUCGUGCCGCACCUUGCCGAGAAAUACGGAUUUUCCUACGAAAUGGUUACAUACAAGUGGCCACACUGGCUCCGCCCACAGCGUGAAAAGCAGCGAGAAAUCUGGGGUUAUAAGAUCCUCUUCCUCGACGUUCUUUUCCCUUUGUCACUAGACAAGGUGAUUUUCGUGGAUGCCGACCAAAUCGUCCGCACCGAUAUGUAUGACCUUGUCUCACUCGAUCUCGAGGGAGCGCCUUACGGCUUUACACCCAUGUGCGACUCACGUACAGAGAUUGAGGGAUUCCGGUUCUGGAAUCAGGGGUACUGGAAACGGUUCUUACGUGGCCGGCCAUACCACAUUUCUGCCCUCUACGUCGUUGACCUCAAGCGAUUCCGUGCCAUUGCCGCCGGUGACAGACUUCGAGGGCAAUAUCAGUCCUUAUCCGCUGAUCCAGCCAGUCUAUCUAACCUUGACCAAGAUCUACCUAACCACAUGCAGCACUCUAUUCCUAUCAAGAGUCUUCCGCAGGACUGGCUUUGGUGCGAGACUUGGUGUUCGGAUGAAUCGCUAAAGACUGCGAAAACGAUCGACUUGUGUAAUAACCCGCAAACCAAGGAGCCGAAACUCGACAGGGCCAGAAGACAGGUGCCCGAAUGGACAGUUUACGAUGAGGAGAUUGCGCAGCUUGCAAGGACGGUUGGUGCGCAAGCCUCUGAUGCGGAUCAUACAGGCCGCAAUAAAAAUGAAAGUAUAGAACCAGAGGCUACGGCUACAACGGGCAAAAUAACUUCAAUUUCCAAAACCGUGCUUCCUGCAUCCGAAUUCUCAGGUCCUAAAACUUCAUAUAAGGAUUAUUCUCCGUGGGUCCUUAUGCCGGGCCUCGUUGAUGCGCAUGUCCAUCUGAAUGAGCCUGGCCGUACAGAAUGGGAGGGCUUCUACACAGGCACUCAAGCAGCCGCCUUUGGUGGUGUCACGACAGUAAUUGAUAUGCCGUUGAACUCUAUUCCACCAACUACGACGGUUCCAUGGCUGCAAGAGAAGGUUGAGGCAGCGAAGGGCCAGUGUUGGGUAGACUACGGGUUCUAUGGUGGAUUGGUUCCAAAUAAUGCCUCUGAGCUGAAGCCAUUGGUGAAGAAUAACGUGAAAGGGUUCAAAGGGUUUUUGAUUGACAGCGGUGUUGAUGAGUUCCCGGCCGUUUCUGGUGGAGACAUUAAAUCCGCAAUGGAAGAAUUGGCAGAUGAAAAAACCGUUCUCAUGUUCCAUGCUGAAAUGGCCCAGCCAGAAGGAUCAUCGGGCCAGAAACAUGGAGGGUGCGCCGCGUCCAAUGUGCCUCCUACGUCAUAUUCAACUUUUCUAUCAUCCCGGCCCCCCAAAUUUGAAACUACGGCAGUACAGGAGAUCCUAUCACUCUCUCAUGUUGCACCAAACCUUCCUUUACAUAUUGUGCACCUUUCGGCGGUUGAGUCGAUCCCUCUGCUCCGCGAGGCCCGUGGUAAAGGCGCCAAGAUAACUGCAGAAACCUGCUUUCAUUACCUCUCCCUAGCCGCUGAAGAUAUCCAAGACGGGGAUACGAGGUACAAGUGUUGUCCCCCGAUUCGAGGAAAGGCCAACCAAGAUCAGCUUUGGGAUGAACUACUUCGCCAUUCCUCGGAUGGAGUCAUAAAGACAAUAGUUUCUGACCAUUCGCCUUGCACUCCAAACUUGAAGCUGCUUCCAAACCACAUUCCCGGAAGCGCAGGUGGUGAGAGACCUGGAGAGAAGGGAGACUUCCUCGAAGCAUGGGGAGGAAUAUCGUCGGUGGGACUUGGGCUACCCAUACUUUGGACGGAAAUAAACCGCCGAUAUAAAGGUGGUCUAACCCCCGCGGGAAAGCCGUUUCUGGAGGAAAUUGCUCAAUGGUGCUGCAGCAAUACCGCAGCACAGGUGUCGUGUGAUACGACGAAGGGGAAAUUAGCCGUUGGCUACGACGGCGACGUAUGUGUUUUUGAUGAUGAGGCGGAAUGGGUUGUUGAGCCAAGCACUAUGCUAUUUAGGAAUAAAUGCUCCCCUUACCAGGGCAAGACCAUGAGAGGUAUGAGUGUAGCGGCGUCCGCUGCUGAUCGAGUCAACAUCCACAUGCUAUACAGGGAGGCUACAUAG